AAAAUUGAAUCAUCUCUUUCUUCCUCAUCAUCAUCAGCAACAAGCAGUCCAGAGCAGAAAGGACUGUGUACGGUUGUUUCUGGCGCCUGCACGCAUCAAUCCAAUCCCCUUAUAGAUAGACAGACUUACAUACAUGAUACAUACACACAGCCAGCAGCAUCAAGCAGCAUAAGAAAGAAAGAAAGAAAGAAGAAGAGAUUCACACACAUCUUUAAUUCAUUCAUCCAUCCAUCCAUUCAUUGAUUGAUUGAUUAAGAGAGGAGCGUCUUUUCAUCUCCUUUUCCCUGAUUUGCAACCUCUGAUUCUCCAACUACUGAUAAAUUCCUUCAGAUGAGGAGAGAUCUGUGUUAAAACUCUAUCUGGAAUGUCUUCUUCAGAGCCGUCUUUGAAAGGGAGCACCAGAGGAGUAGGAGGAGCAGGAGGAGAGAGCUUCUCUUCUUCUACCUAUAGCGACCCAAGCGAUGGCGGUAGGAAAGUGGAUCCCGAAACGGCGCUCUACACCGAGCUUUGGCGAGCUUGUGCUGGUCCGCUCGUAACUGUGCCACGAGAAGGCGAGCUCGUCUUCUACUUCCCUCAAGGGCACAUCGAACAGGUCGAGGCGUCAACAAAUCAAGUUGCUGAUCAGGAAAUGCCAAUUUACAGUCUUCCAUCAAAGAUCCUAUGUCGUGUGAUGGACGUGCGCUUGAAGGCUGAACCUGACACCGAUGAGGUUUUUGCACAAGUGAUUCUGCUUCCCUUGAAAGUAAGCUUUCUUCAAUCGUGUUGUGAUAUUAUAUUGAAAAUAGAAAUUGAACAUCAUCAUCAUCAUCAUCAUCAUCGCUUUUUUGACAUGUUAAUGCAGGAAAAUGAGAAUCAAGUUAAGGAGAGCCCACCACCUCCUCCUCCUGCGUUCCGCGUGCAUUCUUUUUGUAAGACACUUACUGCCUCUGAUACGAGCACUCAUGGAGGAUUUUCUGUGUUGAGACGUCAUGCAGAUGAGUGUCUUCCUCCACUGGACAUGUCAAGGCAGCCACCAACCCAGGAAUUAGUAGCAAAGGAUCUACAUGGAAACGAGUGGCGUUUCAGGCAUAUAUUCAGGGGUCAACCUCGAAGACAUUUACUUCAGAGUGGUUGGAGUGUCUAUGUGAGCUCUAAGAGACUUGUAGCAGGGGAUGCUUUCAUAUUCUUAAGAGGUGAGAAUGGAGAACUUCGUGUUGGAGUGAGACGUGCCAUGAGGCGACAAGGCAAUGUUCCAUCUUCUGUUAUAUCCAGCCACAGCAUGCAUCUUGGUGUUCUUGCAACUGCAUGGCAUGCUUAUACAACCGGAACAAUGUUUACUGUUUAUUAUAAACCCAGAACCAGCCCAGCAGAGUUUAUUAUUCCAUUCAAUCAGUACAUGGAGUCGGUGAAAAAUACUUAUUCAAUUGGGAUGAGGUUCAAAAUGAGGUUUGAAGGUGAAGAAGCACCUGAGCAGAGAUAUACCGGAACCAUAGUUGGGAAUGAGGAUGCCGAUCAUAAUCGAUGGCCUGGGUCAAAAUGGAGAUGCCUUAAGGUACGAUGGGAUGAAAGCUCUACAGUUCCCCGUCCAGAUAGAGUUUCACCCUGGAAAAUAGAACCAGCUGUUAAUCCCCCGGCACCAAACCCCCUUCCUGUGCCAAGACAAAAAAGACCUAGACCAAACAUGUUACCUAAUUCCCCCGAUUCAUCUGUAUUGACUCGUGAAGGCUCAUGUAAAGUGACAGUAGUAGACCCAUUGCUAUCAAGCGGAUAUUCAAGGGUCUUGCAAGGUCAAGAAUUAUCGGCCUUGAAAAAUGCUCUUGUUGAAAAUAAUAACGAGUCAGAUUCUUCUGAGAAACCAAAUUUAUGGCCACCCCCAUUGGAUGACGAGAAGAUAACAAGGCAUGAGCCGUCAUUUACAGAUUUAUUGUCCGGUUUCGGUACAAGGACAAACUCUUCCCACUCAACUAAUCAGAUUUCCACUCCGCCAAAAUCGUUGAACCCUAAUAAGCCUGACAAUGAAGGGAAGUUUGAUUUAUUAGGGGGUUCUUGGUCUGCAUUGUCACCUGCCCUCUCUCUGAGCCUUUUAGAUAACAUGAAAUCUCCAAGAAAACUAAAUGGUUCACCUCAUUCCUCGAGAGAUUUAAGAUACGGCGGUUUUGUGGAGAGUCCCCAUCAUCGCCUGUCUCAAAAUUCAGAACAAUGUCACGGUAGCUGGUUGAUGCCCCCUCCACAUCAGCCUCAAUUUCAUCAUGUCCCCAUCCAUUCACAAGAGCUAAUGCAGAGGUCUAUGUCAGCUCAGCAUGAUUCUGUCAAACUUAAUGAAGGGAAUUGCAAACUAUUUGGUAUAUCCCUUACCAACUGUCCUGUGAUGGUUGAGCCAACAAAAUCAGCUCCCGGAACUGAAAGUAUAGAUUGUCCAAGCCACUUGUCUCCUGUGACGGUUUCUCAAAAAGCUACAAUUUUGGAAUCUGAUCAACAGUCAAACGAUUCAAAACGGUCUGGGAAAGCUCAAGGUAGUUCAACAAGGAGUUGUACCAAGGUUCACAAACAAGGAAUUGCACUGGGAAGAUCCUUGGACCUAACGAAAUUCAACAAUUACGAGGAGUUGAUCUCUGAACUCGAUGACAUAUUUGAAUUCCAUGGUGAACUUAGAGGUGGAGACAAGAAUUGGUUAGUUGUGUACACUGACGACGAAGGCGACAUGAUGCUUGUUGGAGACGAUCCAUGGGAGGAAUUCUGUGGGAUGGUGAAGAAGAUGUUCAUUUACACUAGGGAGGAGGUUCAAAGAAUGAACCCAGAAACAUUGAACUCGAAAGAAGACGAUAAUUCAGUGGUUGGUGAUGGAAUGGAUGAUAAGGAAGCCAAGGAGGUGACUCCUCUUCCUUCACAUUAAAAAAGGAUUUGCUGAUUUCUCUUAAGUAGUAGCUAUUUAAAAUUUUGGGCAUGUUAUGGAAUCUGGUAUUAUUAUUAUUAUUUAUUAUUAUGAUAAUAAGAUUACUUACAUAAAUAGCAUAAGGAAGCAGAGCUUCAAUUAUGAUGGUGGUAUUUCAUAGGGAAACCUCUAAUAUGCCCAUUCCCCACAUGUAAAUACUAGUAAUAGUAUUAGUAGUAGUAAGUAAGUAAACUCUUCCAUAUGAAAAAGACUAAUGUACUGCUGAUACAAGUAAUAGUAUCAUGAGUUGUUUUUCUCUCUUA